AUGGAAAACACGACGUGGAGUAAUUUCACCCGAGUUCUGUCGGAGCUGGACGGGCCGGGCGGCGGGGGAGAGGGAGAGGGAGAGGGAGAGGAGGAGGACGGGGGAGGCAGCGGGAGAGGCGGCGGGGGACUGCGCGUCCUCGUCGGCUGCGUCCUGUCCCUGCUCAUCGUGUCCACGCUGCUCGGGAACGCGCUGGUGUGCGCCGCGGUGGUCCGCUUCCGCCACCUGCGCUCCAAAGUCACCAACUUCUUCGUCAUCUCGCUGGCCGUGUCGGACCUGCUCGUGGCGGUGCUCGUGAUGCCCUGGGAGGCCAUCACCGAGGUGACCGGCACGUGGCUGUUCGGGCGCUUCUGCGGCGUCUGGAUCGCCUUCGACAUCAUGUGCUCCACUGCGUCCAUCUUGCACCUGUGCAUCAUCAGCGUGGACCGCUACUGGGCCAUCGCCAGCCCCUUCAAAUACGAGCAGAAGAUGACUCAGCGGGUGGCGUUUGUCAUGAUCGGGGUGGCGUGGUCACUGUCCAUCCUCAUCUCCUUCAUCCCGGUGCAGCUCAACUGGCACCAAGUGGAAGAGGAAGAGGAAGUGGACGUGAUGGCGGAGGUGGUGGAAAUGAUGGCCGCCGGCGCCGACAGCGGCGGCGGCGGCAGGAAUUUCACAAACAGCAGCAACGCCAACGCCAGGAGCUGCGUCGCCAACCUGAACAAAACCUACGCCAUCUCUUCCUCACUCAUCAGCUUCUACAUCCCCGUGGUGAUCAUGAUCGCCACCUACACCCGCAUCUUCCGGAUCGCUCAGACCCAAAUCCGCCGCAUCACGUCUUUGGAGCGGGCGGCAGAGCAGGCGCAGAGCCACAGCCACGGCGCCAACCGGAACCGGCAGCAGCAGCAGCAGUGGCAGCAGCACCCCCGGCCCAACGACGAAGCCUCGCUCAAGUCCUCGUUUAAGAAGGAAACCAAAGUCCUGAAGACGCUCUCCAUCAUCAUGGGCGUGUUCGUCUUCUGCUGGCUGCCGUUCUUCGUCCUCAACUGCGCCAUGCCGUUCUGCGACCCGCCGUGCGUCAGCGACGCCACCUUCACCGUCUUCGUGUGGUUCGGCUGGGCCAACUCCUCGCUCAACCCCGUCAUCUACGCUUUCAACGCCGACUUCCGCCGCGCCUUCGCCACCAUCCUGGGCUGCAGCCAGGUGCGCGCCAACAACGCGGUGGAAGCGGUGAACUUCAGCGACGAGCUGGUUUCCUACCACCACGACACCACGCUCCACAAGGAGGCGGCUACGCUGGUCCCCGCGCCGCAGCUGGCGCCGACCCAGCAGCUUCCCCGCAACAUCAUCGUCGGGUCCGGUCACCUGGAGGACGUGAGCGCGCAGUUCGACGAAGAGUCGAUGAUCUCCAACGCUUCUCGGAGCUGCAACAGACUGCUGCUGCUUCCCGCCACCGUGCAGCUCGAGGACGACCACGAAAUCUCCCUGGAGACGAUCACGGCGUUCACGUCAGCGGCGGCGGCGGCGGCUGGGCUGGAGAGCGAUGCGCUGAUACCAGGACAAGUCCACCGCGAUGGCUAGAACAGGAAACGGCAUUGAGCUGGCAGACGGCCAUAACUAAACAGGAAGUCCUUUCCGUGCUUCUGCGCACUAACCCCCCAACCCCCACCCCCAAAUCCUUCUUGUUGGUUAUUGGCUGGAACAC